AUGAACCCCGGAUUUAAACUCAGGCCGCAAGCCUCGGCCUCCAAGCUUCACUUCAACUCCACCCGAUUGCUCUUUCUCAGACCGAAUAUUCAGACAACCACGACCACGACCACGACCACGACCACGACCACGACCACAAACCGCCACCAGAUGAGAUGCCCGACGCAAACCCUCCACCGCGGCUGGCGUAGCUACGCCUCAGCCGCACGCCCUCACCACCCCAAACUACCACCAACCAUCUCCCUCGACCAUUUUCUGCAGCGCGGAAAAGCGAUCAAGCUGUGGCGGGCGAUCAUAAGAGGCUGUCGCCGCAUUUCGGAUCCCCGGACCAGGGCCGAGACGCUGGGCUUUGCGAGGGAGGAGUUCAGGAGGAACAGAGGGGUUGGGGAUAUCGGUCAAAUCCGGUACUUGAUAUCGACGGGGAAGACGCAGUGGGAGACGAUGGAGAGGUAUAUUGAUGGGCUGUGA